UUGAGCGCAAACAAAAGAACGACGCGUCCUCUUCCUUCGGCUCGAACCUGAACCGAUCGAAGACCAUAAUCCCUUCAACCCAACUCUCUCUAUCUCCCUCCUCCCUCUCUUAAUAUUUGAAGUUUCAACCCAGAAAUGAUCUCAGAAAACUAAUGUUUUCUGAAAUCCUUUAGAAGAGAUUCAUUCAUCCGAUUGAUUCCAUUCCAAUCUGAUCAGAAUUUCUGCAGUUUUUGAUGAUGAAGAAGAAGACUCCGAGAACAGCCAUGGCCGCCGGUGGGUGCCUCAUCACGGCGGCGGCGUUCUUGUUUGUUUUGAUGUUGGAGAUUAAGUACUCGCCGUCAACGGGGAGGCUCAGGCUGAGUCAAGCACACCAUCAUCAUCUUCAAGCUGGCAAUACAAGUCAUGGAAACGUAGAAUCAGAAGGGUCAACAGUGCAAGUGGAACCCACGUUGGUCCCUUCUUCGCCACCUCCUCCCGCGGAAGCAAUCACAUGCGACCGUUCUCGUUAUUUCUACGACAUCUGUUCCAUUCACGUCCCAACAGUGUUGGACCCGACCACCUCCACUUUCUUCAUCAAUCACCCAUCAGCCACUCAUCCAACGGUCCAGAAAAUUCGUCCUUAUCCUCGAAAAUUGGAAAAUUUCACCAUGUCGAGAAUUAAGGAAGUCUCCAUAAUCACUUCAAGACAACCAAUCCCACAUUGCCAUGUCACCCACAGCUCCCCGGCUCUGGUAUUCAGUGCGGGAGGGUACACCGGAAACUUCUUUCAUGAGAUGAGUGACGGGUUCAUCCCUCUUUUCAUCACCGUCAACUCCAUCUUCCAUCAAGAUCAAGACGUGGUGCUUGUGAUCUCCAAGGCUCGUGAUUGGUGGGUACGAAAGUACGUAACCUUGCUACAGAAAAUUAGCAAGCACCAGAUUAUUGCCUUAGAAAAUGAUACUUCCACUCACUGUUUUCCUUCUGCCACUCUUGGCCUCAUAUCUCAUGGAUUUCUCGCCAUAAAUCAAAACCGAAUGCCAAACUCAAAAUCACUAAAUCAUUUUCAUGAAUUCCUAGGCAAAGCUUAUGGGACAAAUAACCAUCCUUCUUAUCUUAACAUCUCCAAUCCUCGCCGGCCACGUGUUGUGCUCAUGAAUCGUCCACGUGGCAGUGGACGAGAAUUGUUGAACGUGGAAGAAGUCAAAGUUGAAUUGGAAAAAGUAGGGUUUGAUGUCAUUGUGUUUGAACCCACACCCACGACUCCACUGCGCCAAUCUUUUGAACUCAUCAAUUCAAGCCAUGCAAUGGUGGGCGUUCACGGUGCAGCCCUAACGCAUUUACUGUUUCUCCGGUCGAGAGCCGUGCUUGUCCAGGUGGUGCCGCUUGGGACGGAGUGGGUGGCGGAGGCAUGCUUUGGGAAUGCAGCUAGGGCAAAGGGAUUGGAAUAUGUUGAGUAUAAGGUUAGGACUGAAGAGAGUAGCCUCAUAGAAAAAUAUAGCAAAGAAGAUAUGAUGAUCAAGGAUCCUGUAGGAUUCUUGAAGGGAAAAUCUUGGUCAUCAAGUGUAAUGAAUAUUUAUUUGAAGGAGCAAAGUGUGAGAUUGGAUUUGAUUAGGUUUAGGAAGUACUUGAAGGAAGCCUAUAACAAGGCAAAAGAGUUUAUGGACAAAGAGCACUCAAGACAAAAUUAAUCCCCUUAUGAAACAAGAAUGAAGCCAUUCAUUAAUUAAUACAUAUGCAUUAAUGUAUUGUUAAUUUGUUAUUAAAUUUUUUUGUUGUGAUGUUUGUUUAUUUAAAAUAAACUGAUGUAACUUUUAGUCUUUCAAGUUCAUCUCAAUUAUUAAUUUGAUAUUUUAAA